AUGUCUAGCCCAUACCACACAUCCGCCGUCAAGAGUCCCGUCGUAAGGGAAGAUGAUGUGGAUGAAGCUGGGCCAGCCAGUAUGGCGUCCAGCGAUGUGGACUUCUCUGAGUCAACCAAAAAUCAAGUUGAAAGCUGGAUCGGAGAGACCGACCCGGAUAACUUCGAAAUCCCUACAGAAAGAGAGUCAAAUGAAGACGUCGAUACUGGCAGUGAAGUCUGUGCUGCUGUAGUUGUGGAUACUGGUACUAUUGAGGAUUACCCCAAGGCUGUUUACAAAUACUCUUGCGAUCUUACUGAUGGUCCUCUAAAUCCCUCAGAGCGACCUGAACUUCAAUGGCUUGGCAAGCUCACUUGGGACCCAGAGAAUCCAUGCUCCAGAGAAACGAAGAGACUACGGGAUGUUUUCGAGACUGCGUAUCUUGAACCGACAAGCAAAAAUGCCGGUAACAACAUACCCUGGGAACAAUCUGAUGCCAUGAUCCACCGUGAUUUCAACAAGGCUUCGAAGGAGCUACGAUUAUGGUACGAAACAGAGGUCGCUAAGCAAGGGAUAGAAUCACUUCAACACGCUACUUCUCGAUUUUAUGCUGAGUAUCCUUGGGCUAGAGGUCGUUGGGAGAAUAGGUACGUUGAUGUGCCGGAAUGGGUCAAUAGUCAUCCCAACACCAACUCGAAAGGGGAACAACACCUUGAUUACUAUGAUUAUAAGAACAAACUCAUCAGUUGCUAUGGUGACGAGAAGUUAGGCGGUAAACCAAUGGUUUUAUCUUCGGCAUUUGUGAAGCGAGGUGCUCGUUGGAAUCCAGACGAUACUUCUAAAAUGUUAUCACCUGAGGUGGAAUUCUUCGUUAGAGUUACUUCUUUACCAGGUGAAUCUAUCAUAUCUGAAAACCAGAGUAAGGCCUUGACAUUUGCUGCUACACUAAAGGAACGGUUGGAGGGUUUACAAAACACCUUGCCCUUUGAACCUUAUACAGAUGCAAAGUCGAAGGAUAAAUCAAAUUGGCUCCAGUGGUCAACCGGCAUCUACCAAAGUACUCAUGAUACUGAAGGGGGGAAAAUUGCCCGGAAACUCUAUGAAGAGGAUUGCGGAAACUCUGAUUACUUCGGUUUACGUCCAGUACAUUGCUCGCUGUUCAAUCGUAUAGGAGAUCAAGUGGCAGCAUCACAAUAUCUAGAUUUCCAGGACUAUGAUCACUGGGUGGCCACGACCGGUGGCAUUGGCAAUGACGAUCCACAUGCACUGUAA